AAAGACCACCCCCAAUAUUUGUUCUUAGCACGGGGAACACUUUGCCGAAAUAAAAUAGCUUAAAAUGGGGAAAACCUCUAAGGAUAAACGAGAUAUAUAUUAUAGACAGGCCAAAGAGGAAGGCUGGCGAGCCAGGAGUGCUUUCAAGUUACUCCACGUCGAUGAGGCCUACGGCAUUCUAAAUGGUGUUCAGCGGGCUGUAGAUUUGUGUGCCGCUCCUGGCAGCUGGUCCCAGGUUCUCUCCCGAAAGCUGUACGAUCCCUGCCAGACGGAUGACGAGAAAGCCGCCGUGAAAAUAAUUGCCGUGGACCUGCAAGCAAUGGCUCCCAUCCGCGGAAUAAUCCAGCUCCAGGGAGACAUCACAAAGCAGUCAACGGCCGAAGCCAUCAUCGGUCACUUUGGCGGUGAUGAGAAGGCGCAGCUGGUGGUCUGCGAUGGAGCUCCCGAUGUUACCGGCGUCCACGAGAUGGACGAGUACAUGCAACACCAGUUGCUGGUAGCCGCCCUCAGCAUUGCCACCUGUGUGCUGGAAACUGGCGGCACUUUUGUGGCCAAGAUCUUCAAAGGCAAUGCCACUUGGCUGCUUAGUUCCCAAAUGCAGAUAUUCUUCAAGAAGUUUGACAUAUAUAAGCCGCCUAGUUCGCGACCCUCAAGCAUCGAAGCCUUCGUGGUGUGCUCCGAUUUCUGUCUUCCCGCCGGAUACAUUCCACAAGUAAUCAACCCGGCGCGAGAUGAUAUCCGUCUGUUGGCACAGAAAACAGGAUCCGAUGUCAACCGCCGUUUGGUUCCUUUUAUUGCUUGCGGAGAUUUGGGCGGGCUAAGUGAACCUGAUGACGAGGCAUCUAACGCUUCAAAAGAUCCUAAAUCGGAUGUGCAAUACGUUUACGACGCUGUAAUGAACGAUGCAGCUUAUCCAUUAGAAUUCAAGGAAAUCUUAAAGGAAGUUUACGAUGAACAAUUGCAAAUCAGCUAAAUCUCUUUGAAAUAAAAUAUACAGACCAUAUUUAAAGUCAUAAAA